AUGGUAGUCGCUGGAGGUUAUGAUAAUGAUAAUAACAAAACAAACACAAUGAAAUGUUUGAAUAUCGCAGAUCCAGCAGCCACAUGGAAAGAUUUCGCUGUCAAUCUUCCUGUCAAGUGCUGUAGACAUAAAGUUGUCAACCAUAAUGAACAGCUGUUCAUGUCUGGAGGAUAUGUUAUACCCAGUGCCAUGGAACCGGACAAACGUUCUGAUGCAGUGUAUGAGGUGCAGUUGGUUCCACCAUAUUCCAGUAAGAUCUUGACAAGAUUACCACAGCCAAAAUCUUAUCAUGGCAUGGAAAUGUUUGAUCAGAAAUUGUUUAUUCUUGGAGGGUAUGAUGGCAAGAACAUCACAGCCAGUGUGGUACAGUAUGAUCUCAUCAAGAAUGAAUGUAAAGAAAUGCCUCCAUUGCCAUAUGCUGUGCAAGAAAUGGCGACUGUUUUAUGGCGGAAUAACGUGCUUGUGAUUGGUGGGUUGGAUCAGCAUUAUCAAUGUUUGAAUAAAGUAGCAAUGUAUGACGUCAUCACAGGACGUUCUCAAAUGUUGCCAUGUAUGAAGCAGAAGCGAAAUGGUUGUACAGCGGUCUUAACUGGCAAUGUUGUAGUGGUUAUGGGAGGAUGGAAUGAGAAUGGCAAAGAUUUCAAGUCAGUGGAAUGUUUUGAUUUGGAACGUCAAGUUUGGAAAGACUUGCCUGACAUGCUUGAACCAAGAGCAUUGGCCACUGCAGUGAUCAAACCAAACCAUGGAACACAAAAAGGACAUUGA